GGUUUCAUCGUCCCCAGAAAGUUCCUCCAAUUUUUCUCAAUCGAACUUGAUCUACAUCGAUUGUUUCCCUCAACCUCUCUGACUCCGUGAUUCAAAACCCUAAUUUGCGUUUUAAUCGCGUUUCUAGUUAUCGGUGAUGGAUCAAGCACAGAACACAAUCGCCGGAAUUGGUGGAAGCAAUGAAAUUUCAACUGUAGACGAUUCAAAGGAGAAGCUGAACCAAGUCAUAAACUCGAAUCAGAAAACUUUAGUACUCCUCCAUCAAUUAAAACUCACCGUCUCUUCUUUCACACCUGCUUCUCAGCUUGAUCUCCUCCAACGCCUCAAUUCUCUUGUGAUGGAGCUUGAUAAUAUGGCUAAGUUGUCUGAUAAAUGCAACAUUCAAGUCCCCAUGGAGGUUCUUAACUUGAUUGAUGAUGGGAAGAACCCAGAUGAGUUUACAAAGAAUGUUCUUAAUAAUAGCUGCAUUGCUAGAAAUCAAGUUACAAAGGGCAAGACUGAUGCUUUUAAGGGUUUGAGAAAACAUCUUUUGGAGGAGCUUGAACAGACUUUUCCUAAUGAAGUCGAUAAGUAUAGAGAAAUUCGUGCUUGUUAUGCCGCUGAAGCAAAACGGUUGGCCCAAUCGCAAAGUGUGUUACCAAAUGGGGAUGCUAAGGUCAAGAGUGAGCUAUAAGAGCUGUGAAUCUUGCCUUUUGGAAUAAAAAAUUUCAUGUAGA